UAUGUUCGUACCCCUACCGGUUGCACGUCACGAUUGCAGAUUCCGAACUGUAUUAUUACCACAGAAUACUUUUUAUGACGGAUCUUGUCAUUUAUUUUAUUAUGGCGUUUUGUUGUGUUGUUGAUUUUUGCAUUGAAAUUUGAAAACAAACAAAUCAAACUACGAAAAUAUAUAUUUAAUACUCUUAAGUUCAAUAAACAAAAGUUGGAAUGAAUUCCAAAAAACAUCAGUUUGAAGAGUACAGAAAAUUUCUUCUUAGUAGACUAACAGCUAACAGUAAAUUUACUUCAUUUGUGGACCACUGCUUGAUCAGCGAAGAUGAAGGUGCAAAACAUUGUUUCCACAAAAUCAUGGUUCAUUACUGGACCGGUACCCCUGAAGAGUUAUUUGAAAAUCUGGGCGACUACUUGAAGACGACAUUUAUACCCAUUAAUUACAAUUUUGCUAAUGGCAUAGCAUCAUUCUAUACAAAUAAUUUGAAUGUGAUUCUGAAACUUAUAAAACUUGACUUUAUGUUUCCUUUUUGCUCCACUAUGCAUAAUAUUGAUGUGCUGUUCAAUGACCAGACUUCAACUGACCUUUUCGGGUAUCAUCAGACGUUGGAGGAGAUAGUGGCAUGUGUGGUCAGCCUGAGGCUGAAUGAGAAGAUGGAACUGGACUUGUCUAACUUCUGCAAUGAUAUGGAGUUCAAAGAUAAGCAGAUAAACUUCUACACAAUGGGAUUGCUGGCUUCAUUCAAAAUACUAAUGCUUAGGAUGGGAAGAGACACAGAGAUUUUGAACUUGAGUAAUAAUAAUUUAAGAUGUAUACCACAAGAAAUAAUGAACUUCUUCAUAAAAGGACCACUAAUUGGUGUCAACUUGAGUAAUAAUGUUAUAGCAUCUCUGACGGACCUGCGCGUGCUGAGCCGUAUCGAGCGGCUGUGGCUGGAGGGCAACCCGCUGUGCGCGGACAUGACCAUGCUGGACUAUGUGAAGCAGAUCACUGUCAAGUGCCCGCGGCUCAAGGAGUUGGAUGGUAUUGCAGUAAACAAAUAUGGGGUAGUAUUUCCUUUCCUGAAGAACUACCUUGUAAACAGUGACAGGAAAGUAAAAAUGCUGGCUGAGAAAUUCAUCACCCUGUAUUUCACGACAUUCGACUCUCACAGGAACAAGAUUGUGAAUUUUUACCAUAACAAUGCAGUAUUGACUAUUUCAAAAAAUUACACAGAAGAUCGUCCCGCCACGCACCACUACGCCACCUCGGAGCUGCAGCGCUGGCUGGUGGCGGAGAGCAAGACGCACCGCGGCGCCGCCGACGUGGCCGUCGCGUGGCAAACCGUCUUCCAUUGUCAACACGACCCGACUAGCUUUAACGUUGACGUCGUUGUUUAUAACAAAUCCAUGGUCCACAUAGUCGUAGACGGAGUCUUCAAAGAGAAGACCUUCCAUUUAGACCGCCCCGAGCGUCUGUUCCACUUCCGGCGCUCGUUUGUGCUGACGUCAUCGCCUCAGGAGCGCGCCACGCAGUAUCACAUCGUGCACGAGAUCGCAACGGUCACGCUGGCUUCGGAGGAGGUCGCUGAGCAGUGUUUUAAGACGCCAGUAAUAAAUCUGAAUGCCCUGGCUCUGGUGAACCCUGACAAAGAAGAGAUAGAAGCCGUGGUGACCACGUUCACACACAUCACACACCUCAAGAGAGAGGAGGCGGAAAUACGCCUGAGAAUACACAACUGGGACCUGAGGAAGACCCUGUUGUCUUUCAAUGACGAGCUGCGGAAUAAUUCCAUAUCGGCGGACAGGUUCGCCGGCAGCGAUAUAUCUGACUUAUCAUCCAUCGAUGAUGAUGAUAUUGACUGAAUAUAAAUAUAAUUUAAUAAAUUUAAUUAUGUAAUUGA